AUGAUGAGAGAAAAUGCAUCCAUGUUCACAGAUUUCCUUAUUCUUGGGUUAUCUGACAUUCCAAAUGUCAAAGUGCUCUUAUUUUGUUCUCUUCUUUUUAUGUAUGUACUGACUUUAACAGGAAAUGUAACUAUCAUUCUAGUGUCACAACUAGAUAACCGCCUACACAAACCAAUGUACUUCUUCUUGAGUAAUUUAUCCUUUCUUGACAUCUGCUAUACCUCAACAACUAUGCCCAAAAUGUUACAAAUCCUUGUAUCAAAGAGAAAAUCUAUUUCAUUUUUUGGCUGCAUCUUUCAACUUUACUUCUUUUUGCUAUUUGUGGGCACUGAAUGUGUUCUUCUUCUGGUAAUGUCCUAUGAUAGAUUUUUGGCCAUAUGCCAUCCUCUCCGAUACCCAGUUAUAAUGAGCCGCAAGGUCUGUGUAAAUCUGGCUUGUACAUCUUGGUUAAGUGGCAUGGUUAAUUCUGUAGUCCAUACAGUUUUUACUUUCCGCUUAGACUUCUGUGGUAUUAGGAAAAUCAAUUAUUUUUUUUGUGACAUUCCUCCAUUAUUAUCUCUUUCUUGUGAAAAUACAUCAGUGAACGAAGCUUUACUGCUUUCUAUAGGAGUUUUUAUUGGGUGGACUCCCUUCUUGGGCAUUAUUGUCUCAUACAUUUAUAUAAUUGUAACUAUAUUAAAUAUGAAAUCUAAUAAAGGAAGACAAAAAGCAUUUUCCACUUGUGCCUCUCAUCUUACUGUAGUGUUAUUAUACUAUGGAAGUACUAUCUUCAAUUAUGUCAGACCAAUUUCAUCUUACUCGUUGGGCAAAGAUCGAUUGAUUUCUGUUCUAUAUAGUGUUGUUACGCCAAUGUUGAAUCCAAUUAUAUACACUUUAAAAAACCAGGAUGUAAAAAAUGCCAUAAGUCGACAAUUAACUUCUAGAAAAAUUAUUUAG